AUGUCAUUUGGAGUUCCAUUAUCUCAAUUGAUUGUAGAGAAACCAGAACCAUUAACUACAGGAACAUUAAUCUUCGAUGAUCUAUUAGGUGGAGGGUUCCAAAGUGGUAAUAUAUAUGAAAUCUAUGGACCACCUGGGAUUGGUAAGACACGAUUUGGUAUUGAAUUGAUCGAAAACUCGUUAAAACGAUCCAAUGAAGAUUCUGUUCUAUGGAUAGAGACGUUUAUACCGUUACCCAUAAAUUUAAUAUCAAACAACACUAAUGUGUAUAAUGUCAAAAUUGAAAAAUUUACGGAAUUAUUAGUAUUUUUCACGAAGUUAAUUUCCUUGAGUAGUCAUUAUAAAUUAAUAGUAAUUGAUGGAUUUUCUCAAUUAUUAGUUAAUCAUUUAAACUCGUUAAUAACAAGAGAUAAAUUAUCACCAAAUCAGGGGGCUACGAAUAAAUUGAAUAUACAUGAAUUAAAAUGCAGAGAUUUAAUUUUGUUAUUUAGCACCAUGACCAAAUAUGCAAAUAAGCAUAAUAGCACGAUAAUUUUAUUAAACAACUGUAUGAACACAUCGUACCAAUCAGGGUUAUUAACAAACAACGGCAGUAAUAGCAAUAGUAGUAUGUCUAAUGAUUAUGAAAAUACGUUUGAAGUAAUUGGAGAUGGCAGUAAUUUUUUUGUAUCGUCCACAAUUAGUAGUAAUACCCUAAAUGAAAACAAUUCUGGUAAUAAUGUCCUCUUUGGGAGAAAUACUAUUUCCGGAAAGAGAAAUGUACAAAUGUUGAAGAGUGCACUAAUAGCGAAUUCUGGGAUGGGUUCUAAGGAUUCCAAAUGGGAAAUUUUUUUAAAGGCAAGAAUUGCAUUAUUAUGGGAUUGGAGUCAUCGACAGGACUUCCAAACGGGAAAUAAUAAAUCUAAAAUUCCAAAGAGGACAAGGAUUGCCGUGAUAUAUGAUGAUCUAGACUCCAGAGACUAUAUGAGUCCGAGAAAUAAUAAACCAGUCGGGCAAAUCAUUGAAUUACCAAUACACUGGGAUUAUAGUGGUAGUAAUAAUAAUAUCAACAAUUUAACAAAUCCUGAGGAGUCGGGGCAGCCAGCGAACACAAGUGCAAAUGCUAGUAUUACAGCAAUAUCUACGCCAGUAACACCCAGAGGUCAAAGUACACAACCGUCAGCAAUAGUAGUAAAGGAGACUCAAAAUGAGGGGGAGGAGGAUAUAGUCGGAGAUAGUGAAGUAGAAGAAGACGGUGUAGAGGAGACAGACUUUCUAAUAUAA